UGAGUAUGAACUGAACAGUGAAGUGUGGGAGUUGGUGAACAGGGGGGUCAGGAGAUUAUUCCCCCUGCACUCCUUGGCUUGCCUUUGAUUUAGUAGUAGAGGGAAUGUGUUCCCUGUAGUUAGUUGUGAGCAGCCCCUGGCUUUUUUCCUGUUGUUCUCAGCAGUCAGAGUCCUGUUUCCUUCAAGACUCUCACACACAGCAGCAUUUAUCCUCAUCUGGGAGCUCACACUAAAUCCAGCUAUGUGCUGUUUCUGCAGAAAUGCAUGCUGUACAGGGGGAGCUUCUCAAACUCUACUAGAUAGCAGCUGCACAAGAAGUCCUGCAAUAUACAGCCUCCUUCUCCAUUAAAGAACACAGGGCUCCUUCUUCAAGGACAACUUGCUGCAAUACACAAGAAGCAUUUUGGAUUCUUGCCUUCUUCCUUAAGACUACUGCAGCAUUCCAACCUGUUACAGCCAAGCACAUUUCCUCCAGGGUUUUCUGAAGAAGGCUGAUCGGGGAUAAAGACAUUUUGGAAGUUCUACCUGAAGAAGGACAUCCCUUGAUUCAUCCCCUACUGAGCAUUUCACACAGUUCCCAAUGAGGUUGCCAUUGCUUUUCAGCAUCAUUUUUGCAAACUUCUGCAGUCAAGGAACUUUAUCCCAAACUGGAAACCUGAAAAUAAUAAGAGCCUCCAAUUUAAAGAGAGAUGAGAGCAAUCUCCUCACCAAAUUAUACCAGAAAGAAGAAACCCUCCAGGUUGUGGGGAAUGGCUGUAUAAGCAGCCCGCGGUUCCCUAAUAGUUAUCCCAGGAACCUUCUACUCACAUGGAAGCUGGACUCUGCAGAGAACACUAGAAUACAGCUCACAUUUGACAGCCAGUUCGGCUUGGAAGAGCAAGAAAAUGACGUAUGUAGGUAUGAUUUUGUGGAAGUGGAGGAAGCUUCAGAAACCAGCACAGUCGUACGUGGCCGAUGGUGUGGACAUAAAGACGUUCCUCCAAGACUGACAUCCAAAAAGAAUCAAGUGAAGAUCACGUUCAAAUCAGAUGAUCACUUUGUGGCUAAGCCCGGCUUCAAAGUAUGUUACUCUCUUGUGAAUGAUUUUCCGCCCGCAGCCUCGGACACAAACUGGGAAUCUGUCACAAGCCCGGUCUCAGGAGUCUCUUAUCAUUCGCCGUCAGUGACAGACUCCACACUCACCGCGGAGGCUCUUGACCAGACUAUUGCUAUGUUUGACACCGUUGAAGAGGUACUUAAACACUUCAAUCCUGACACCUGGCAGGAGGACCUGGAGAAUCUAUACACUGAUACAUCUCAAUUUCGUGGCCGGACAUUUCAAGAAAGAAAAUCUAAAGUGAAUCUGGACAAACUAAACGAUGAUGUCAAGAGAUACAGCUGCACUCCCAGAAACUUCACAGUAAAUCUUCGGGAAGAGCUGAAGGUUACUAAUGCCGUAUUUUUUCCGCGGUGCCUCCUUGUUAAGCGAUGUGGAGGAAGCUGUGGCUGCGGCAGUCCGUUUUCCAAAUCUUGUGUAUGCACGUCUGGAAAAACUUUGAAAAAAUAUCACGAGGUCCUGAAGGUCAUGCCUGAAGUCGCAUACACUAAGAAAAAGACUAAAAGCAAGACUAUGUCUAUAGUAGACAUUCAGCUGGAGCACCAUGAGAGAUGUGAUUGCAUCUGCAGUUCUCGCCCACCUCGAUAAGAAUGUACUAGAUGAAAAUGAGAAAUCUCUUUCAUGGACUUUUGUUGAAUUUUCAUCAAUUUCUUUAUUAGUGAUCUUAAUAAUAACCUACUAAGGCCUGGUUCAGACGGCUGUUCUGACUUCCAUCCGCAAAACACAAAUGUUUGUCAAUCUGUUUGGACAUUUAUAUGGCGUACAGGUGCGUCUGUUUCACUUGAAUGAAUAAGUAUUGGAUGGAAAAUAAACAAGAAUGAUACACACUAGAAAUUUCUCAGUCCAUGCCGAAAAAAUGGACGGAUGAAUUGCACCAUACUUUAAUGGGUCCGUGUGCUAUGCGGUUACAGUCCAGGUUGCACAUGGACGAAAGAAUACAGUUAUGUGAAUCAGGCCUAAAUAUAUGUUGUGCUCGGGAUACAGUGUUGCUUAUGAGAAUUAUUAUAUUCCAUAGCUUACUACAGGCAGUAUUGGAUUCUUAGUCAAUGUACUGUACUGUAAAAGGAUCAUUACAUUCUGAGGAACUGCUAAAUUAAUUACAAUAAUAGAGCUCGUUUUGGAACACUUUAUUGCUAAAUAUGCUUAUUGUUGGAUCAGGAAUCCUUGGGUCUAGCAGAGGACAUGAUACCGAGAUGUUCCAUUUCUAAUCACAUAAUUUUUGUCAUCACUCUAUGACACCAGCUUCCCUAACCUCCAACCAUCAACUGUCAAGAGAAAUAUAUAAUACACAGUUUCAUUGUGUCUACCAAAGCAGAAGCCAUAGUUAACCAGUGGUUCUCUGCUCUGGCUCAUAGGUUUGGAACCCCACAUCUCCCUCUUUAUGACAUCUAAUAAGGCAUAUUAAAAAAGUGUUGUCAAGAUUUGAAAGACCUUUAAAGUGGUUAUCCCAGAAAAAAAUAUUUAUGCCCUAUCCACCAGAACAGGGCAGAACAGUGGGAGUCCAACUGGUGGAACUUCUAGCGCUCCCAAGAAUGGAGGGUCCACAAAUCCCCCCUCUGAAUAGAUUGGUAGUGCAUUUGUUGAUCUACCACUCCAUGGGACUCUUCUUCUAUGAGACUGAUGGAGAAAUCCAACCCGAGCAAUUUCCUGACAUGUCAAAAAGACAUCUCAAGAAAUAUUACUGGGUAUUUGAACAUCUUUUACCAUCACCAGUACUCAAAACACAGGGUCAUAGAAAACUGCAUACAAAUGUUAGCUUUGAAGGUCCAAAGAUAUUUAGAUAAAAGCAAGUCCACCAUAUCCAACUCACUAUCUUUUACUCCCAGGUGAGCUGCACGGGAUGGUAAGUGUUCUUGACGAUGAUUAUACAAAGGGUCAUGGUAUUCUUAAGAGUGAUUGGACAGGACUGUCAAUAGAGCUCCAUAAGAAUAAAUAACACUCAACAAUAUCAUGUCAAAGAUUUCAAGUGAUGGACAACCACAAGCACCAAGAUCGUUCCAAAGCACCUCAGACUCUUCACUUGAUGAAUUGGUAUUGCACUUAGGCCUUUGAUCUACUAUUUCCAUAGAAUUUUCUGUUCUUUGACAUAAAAUUGGAUGUUUAGCAAACACUUUGGUUUUAGAGAUCCUUUAGAAACAUUUUGUAUUCUAAAAAUAGCAAGCAAAUUCUAAUUUGGUUGCUGAAACAUUAUGUUCCAUCAAGGUUUAAUCAUGGAUUUGCACAGCUGGAGCCUGUAGGUACACAUUCUAUGAGGCUUUUCCAGACCAAUCCAUCCAUGAGAAACACCAUCUGUAGAACAUAGAUUAUGUUAAACUCAAAAUGAAUCUAAAAUUAUCAAGGAAAGAGCAUACACUUAACAUGCAGAACAACAACACCCCCCUUGCAUUACAAUUAGGAUUGGACCUAUUGUGUCUAAUGAUAGAUUCAACCUUAGUAAUAACAUGUACUCACAGAAAGCGUAUCUCGAAGAGGGAUAAUCAAUUAG